AAGUGUGUGAGCUGAGGGAGCAGCCGAACGGUGAAGAAAUUUGUUCGCAGACAGAAAACCUCUCCUAGGCGUAAAAUGUGACAUGUUAAACAGUUUUCUGUAAUAACUGCAGGAUGUGUGAGGGUGAUGCUUCGUUUUAAAGUGCAGCGAGAGCAUUAAACGUGUUUUUACUGGGACAUAUUUUGUUUGCGCGUUUAGGAGCGAAACUACUGCUGGAAACUCAUUUUUACUUCAGAAUCAUUCAAAGAGUUUACCGCAUUGAAUGAAUCAAAAGCAAACGUAAAACGAGUCUCUUUUAAAACUUGAAUCUUUAACUAAACCCUGGAAAAACGUUAUUACUUGGAUUUUUUAAAAGCAGUAAACUCACGUUAGAAUCACGCCGUAUCUUUAAAUAGACAGCAGUAUUAUUAUUAUUUUUAGAUAAAUUUGUUUUAUUUCAGGUAAGUUUGGUUUUAUUAAAAUAGGUUUUGUUUCAUUAGAAGUUCAUUUUUGAUCAUAUCACAUGAUCUUUAUUUUUCAUUACAAAAAAGUUUGACUCAAAGUCUCUCUUAUGACCUAAAAACUGUUAAAUUCACAUUUGGGUCCACAUGAGUCCUGAUGAAGAUCAUGUGAUUCUGUCAGAAGAUCCAGCACGUGGGAGGAAACGGCUUUGGCUCCUUGGAGGAACAUUAUUACAAAACAAUCUGAACUUUGCUCAUCUGCACCUUCAGGUCCGUGGUGAUGCUGCUCGCGCGGCUCACGCUCCUGUCCGCCCUCCUCCUCCUGCUGCUGCUCACCGAGGCGGCCCUUCGCCGAGGUUCCGGCACGCAGACGGACAGCCGCAGCAUGGUGGAGCUGAUCGGCCGGUACCCGAGGACGAGGACGGAGACGCCCGGGGGAGUACAGCAUGGGUCGCAGCACGGACUGGAGGCUCAUCCCAAAGACCCACACAGCAAGCAAAAUUUCAUCAUACACCUGACAGGUCCUCUAUACUUCAGCCCAAAGUGCCGAAAACAGUUCCACCGACUGUACCACAAAACCAGGGACUGCACAGAGCCAGCCUACUAUAAAAGAUGUGCUCGUCUCCUGAUUCAACUGGCCAAGAGCCCUCGCUGUUCAGAGAGAUAAACAGACAAAUGGUAAGACCGACAACUGCAUAGAUUUUUUAACUUUUAUGGCUAUUCAUACUACACCACAGUAAUCAACUAACAGAAAAGCAAUUAAAUAACAGGAAAAUUUGUUACUUCUGGGUUUUUUCUUUACCUCUGUCACGAUUGUGCUCAUGAUGUGAUUUCUGUAGAAUUAAGUUUUUAUGAUCAAAGUAUAACUUUAGUUAUGGCAAAGCAUCAGCCUUCCACUUCUAAUCUUAUUUUCCUUUGCUUGAACACCUGCCUUGAAGUAACUUUCUAAUUAAAAAGGGCUUCACUUUCUUUUUGCAUACUGGACUAUUGUCAUUAAUGACAUUUUGAUCUACAGUUGACUUAGAUGAAGGUCAGAUCUCAUUUGAUCAGGAAAUAAAGCGUUCAUAAACUUUUUUUUCUUGCAGCUAUGCCUCAUGAUAAAUGUUUAAAUUGUCAAUACUCCUUUUCUUACAUUUCGAUCUGAACCCCAAAGGCAGGAAAUAGCAGUUAGAGGAAAUAUAUACAGGUCAAAGUUUAAAGCUGGUAGAAGCAGUAAUGAAUAGAUGUUAUUGAUGAACCGUGAGGUUAAAGUCUGAUGACAGAAACCUACCAGGGAAGCUGAUCGUUCCCAAGGCUAAAGAAAGAGAAAAUGUUUGUUGUUUGUUGAUGCACUCAAGAAGACAGACUAAAACGCAGUAUUAACAGCAUUAUGUGAAAUCACUAAGGGUGCAAAGCACCGGGCAAGCUUCCAGUGAGCAUCCAUUUCAGUGCAGACCACAAGACCACAGAAGAAGAACAUAAACAGCCCCAACACAAUGUGACCAUUGUUAGGCUUAUAUCUAGCACCCAAAUAACUACAGAGAUAAGUUCAGACAGAGUUUAACACAAAAUGACCCUGAGACUAGCAGAAGUCUGUAGAAUAUGAGGAAUCAAGAGAACUUAAAAAAUCGUUAAGAAGCCUUGAAAUAAGAGAACUUUGAUCAGAUGGUAAUAUUUCAGAGCCCUGAGAGCUAUAGAACUGGUAAAUAUGGAUAAGACAAAUUGUAAAGUAUUAAAAACAGAGACAAUCAAGGAAAACAUGACAAGAAUUUGUUUAAAAAUGGAUUUCAAUUAAACAACCACAUGUUAAUGGCGUUGUGACUACAAGUUGGAAAUCAUUACUGUAUAGACAGUAGAACUUAUAGCACAGACCUGCAUACUGGUUACACUUGCUGACGAUCAGUUAGUGAAAUUCUAUUUAGCUAAUUUGAUGACUUAGCAAGGGCUAGAUUUUUUAAUUAUGUCCUUUUAUGUAAAACGUUAGAACUGACGGAGGCCAAUUAGAAUCAAAAAGGAUAAUAAGUUUUAAAGCAGUCCUUUGAAACCAUCAUCUAUGGUAACCAUGUUAGUAGUCAGGCAUAAGACCUUAGGGAAUCAUCUAAACAAGAAUUUAGUGACCAGUAUUGAGAUCCAGUGUAUCUUUGUAUUGAUUGUAGAACAUUAAAGUAAGACAGAUAUCAUUGCAAGGCUUUAUGGUGACGGGACCAGACGGAAACCAUUUGUCUCCAAUGCUGAUACUUAAGGUAAAUGACCAGGUACUCAUUUAGCACUUUUCUACUCUACCUGAGCAAUCAAAUUUAUUAAGUUAUUCAUUCAAAAAAUCAUACUUAAUAUCACACUAUUCAAAUAUUUCAUUAGGCCCAAUCUUUAUGGCUCUCUCCUUUCAAUGGCAGCAGUGCCUUAGGCAGUGAGACUUUUAUAUCAGCUGAUGCCAAAUAGCUCAUGGUGAUUUGUUAACACACCAACAGUGUUGGUUCUAACAAAUGGAAAAGCUUAACAAUUUGUACCACUCAGGAAAAAGUGAGCUACUGGUAGUGUUGAUUAAUUUUCAGAAUCAAAUGUUCCUUUUGAAUAAAAUAUUCAUUUGUCUUAACAAAAUUAAAAUAUUCAUUGACAGGCAUAUUUUUCACUAAUGGAUAAUUUUUAAUGCGGAAGUAGCGGAUGCAUUAUUUCAGAUGGUCAGCAGGGGGCAGCAACUCUGGUUGCAAAAGUACUAUUAUUGUUUAGAAGUCUAUGAGAAAAUAAGCCAAUGACUCCCUUGGCUUAUUGAUCUCCUUUAUGGUAGAACCAGUCUGUAAAGCCUGUAGGUGCACCCUACAAUAAUAUCUGUAAAGCCCAGUGUCAGAAAGGGCCUGUAGAACCUGUUAAAUGUGACGUUUUCAGACUUUUCUCAUAAAAUUGUUAUAGUUUUGAGUAAGUAGAAUCUGCUAAGUUUAAUAUCUACAUCUAUUAAAAUCAAGCAGAACCUGUAAAACUUGAAUUAAAAAAUCUUUUGUAACGUGUGGAACCUGUAUAACCAGCAAGAUAUUAUUUGGAGCCUGUACGACCUGUACUUGUACUAUAGACCACAUAGAACCACAAGUUCUACAGAGCCUGUCUAACUGACUCAUACUAAAAACUAAAAGCCUGAAUAUUUUUUCCCCCUUUGUUUAAUUUAUAAAGUCAAUAUAGUACAGUUACUUGAACAUGUAACAACCGUGAGCCCCUGAAAAACAAUUUGCAGUACUGUGAUGGACUGAGCAGCGAAGGAAACUUAGGCACAGGUUAAAGUCCAAAAAAAUGAUUUUUAUUUAAUCCAAAAACAUAAUUGGUUAAAUCAUGCAAAAAGAAUCAAAAUCUUGGGCCCAUAAAAGAGGUUAAAACAACAGAACUCAAAGUUAACAAACCAUACUGAUAACUCAAACAAACUGACCUCACUUAACGAGACAAAGGGGAAACUUAAAUAGUGGCUGAUCAGCCCACAAAAACACAGAGGGGUAAAACACACAAAACCUAACUGGAACUAACAUAAUGAACUCCAAUUCCCCCCCAUGGCCCCGAGUUAUGGAAUGAGCUAAUUUGCAGUCUUCCAUCAAAGCCCGCUCCACCCCUUUUCCACCUCUUGGGUCCUCAAUCAAGGGACUGGAGCAGCUGCAACUACGGUAACUCAGAAAACAAAGAUUAAAUCAUACAUAACAGUGUAAACUAAAAUGUGCGCACUUCUUAUAGAAUGCACUGUUAUGUGGACAUGUGAAUUAAUUCUAAACCAAAACCAGUUAUUUGUUGUCCUGUAAAUUAAGUCCUAUUUAAAGACAAAUGUGAAUGCAAUAUAUAAGCCUCUACAUUAACAUGGUGGAUAUUACCACUGUGUGGCUGUACAUGCAGCCAUCACAAGUACCUUUUAUCUGUGCUUAUUCUGAAUCCUCUUCUUCAGUCUUCAUCUUAGCAAAAGUUUUUUCUACUCGUUCGUGUCUUUCUUCCACAGGCUCUGGACAUGAAGUUUUGGCAUACCAGGGUGCAGCAAGAAGGUUCAUCCUCUCUGUUGACCAGCAGCAGGAAAAGUUAUAAACAAACCUCUGAAAAUCUGCUGGAGCCAGUGAGCUCAGCCGACUUGAUCCACAAUUGGAAAUCAAAAUGAUUGUUUUCUAUUUUAUUCGAUUCAGCUGUUUAUCUCCAACAACCAUUCACCUUGUAUACACACUACAAACAGGUGUAAAUUUUCUAUGACAGGAUUUUUGGACUUUUUCGAACAAAAACUUGAGUUUUGUUCAACUUUGUGUAGACUCAUCUCGGCAUUCGUCGAAUCAUUUUUGCCUUUUUUACCUCUACUCUGUUCUUUGGUCGAUUCCUGCUGUACUGGACAACCUCAGACACUCUACUGGUUUAUAACAGAGCUAUUUGGACAUGGAACUAAGAGACAAAACUUACCUGGGACAAAAUGUCUACUUCAGUUUUUGGGGACUUUUUUUGGACAAAGGGCCAAGGUUUGACCUUCUAUUUGAAGACGCAGGGGGAAACAAAAUGGACUAAACCUCUGAGUGGAUGCUGAAUGUGUUUUAUGUGACAUCAUACAUAAUAAUUACUUAUAAUUAAAGUAAUAAUAUUCCAUAUAUUUAUAUUGUUAAAGCUGCAGCCCAGUGUGCAAUAUGUAAAUACAGAAAAAGGAUUAAAGAUAAUCAUUUGAUAUAUAUCCAUGCUCGUGUGAGAUUUCAUUUUUGCCUCAUUUUUUGUUUUUGAAUCUGUAAAGUCCAUCUUUUUAUUCUUAGGGGGGGAAAAGCUGAAUGAAGAGUUUCAUAAAAUGCUGGUAGCCUAUAUUAAAUAGAAAAUAAAAAUAAUGCAAUUUAAAAAAAAAAAUUCACCUAUAGACCCGACGGCCAUGAAUACUAUUACACUACCAUUAAAUUAAGUUUGGUUAGUGUCCAGUAUUUUGUGAGGGUGACUUAGUUGACACACCCCUUAAACCCCCUCGAUCCUGGACAGCAGCAAUGGAGUGGUAGGUCAUGAAAUUAGUUCUCAUUUUUAAAAAAGGGGAACUAGAGAGUUGGAGCAUGUGUGUCAAUUAUUGGAGUAUCACCCUGCUCAGCUUCCCCAGGAAAGUUUAUUUCAUGUUGUUGGGGAAAGAUGAAUUCUUGAACUUUGUGUUCAGGCGGUACAAUGUGGAAUCCAUCCUGGCCAUGGGACAGUGGACCAGAUGUUCAGCCAUGCACAACAUCUGGAGGGAUCAUGGGAAUUUGACCAUACAAUCUGCAUGAACUUAUGGCAUUGGAGAAGGCUUACAAUUGGUUUGCAAGGGGACACCUAUAGGGUGUACUGCAGGAGUGUGGGUCUUGCGUCCAUUGUCAAUAUACAGGGUGGUCCAUUUAUAUGGAUACACCGCAAUAAAAUGGGACUGGUUGGUGAUAUUAAAGUCCUGUUUGUGGCACAU